CUACCUCCCUCUCUACACUCCACAGAGCUCAACCAACUCUCUUCAAUGGCGUCUCUUCGCUUCUCUGCUCUAAUUCUAGGGCUUUCUCUAGCAUUUUCGCUAAUCUCACCGUCACAGUCACUGACCUGUACGUCACAGAAGUUCACGAACAACAAGCUCUACGAUCACUGCACCGAUUUAUCGCAAUUGAGCUCGUACCUCCACUGGACCUACGAUUCCUCCUCGUCUUCCCUCUCCAUCGCCUUCGUGGCUGCUCCGUCGAAGUCCGGCGGCUGGAUUGCGUGGGCCAUAAACCCUACCGGAGCCGGAAUGAUCGGCGCACAGGCUCUGAUCGCGUUCAAGGACUCGAACGGUUCGAUGAUCGUGAAUACCUACAACAUAAGCUCGUACAAGUCGAUUGUGCAAGAGAAGCUUUCGUUUGAUGUGAUGGAUAUGAGUGCUGAGUACUCGGACGGGACGAUCAGGAUCUUCGCGACGGUGGCACUUCCGGAUACGGCAGCGACGGCGGUGAACCAGGUGUGGCAGGUGGGGCCGUCGGUGACGAAUGGUUUUCCGGACAAGCAUGAGUUUCAACCGGCGAAUUUGAACUCCAAAGGAACCCUAGAUUUGUUGAAGAGACAGAGCAAUGUUGUUUCGGGAGGGGACUCGAGGAUUAAUAAGAAAAAUAUUCAUGGAAUUUUGAAUGCUGUGAGUUGGGGAAUCAUGUUUCCAAUCGGAGCCAUCAUCGCUAGAUACUUGAAAACUUUCCAGUCCGCGCAUCCUGCAUGGUUUUAUCUUCAUGUAAUCUGCCAGUUGUGUGCAUAUAUUAUUGGGGUUGCUGGUUGGGGAACUGGACUUAAGCUCGGAAGUGAAUCGAAGGGGUUUCAAUAUAUUGAUCAUCGUAACAUUGGGAUUGCACUCUUCUGUCUUGCAACUGUGCAGAUUUUUGCGUUGUUCCUAAGACCAAAGAAGGAUCACAAGCUUCGGUUUUACUGGAACAUCUACCAUCUUGGUAUUGGGUAUGCCAUACUCAUCCUUGGUAUCUUCAAUGUGUUCAAGGGGCUAAACAUGUUGAAUCCUGCAAAGAAGUGGAAAUCAGCUUACCUACUUGUAAUCGUUGUGUUGGGUCUUAUUGCAAUAUUGUUGGAAGCGAUUACAUGGGUCAUAGUUUUAAGAAGGAAGUCUAGCAAGUCCACCAGGCCCUACAAUGGAUACAACAAUGGCCAAGACAGGCAACAGCCCCUUGCCUCGUGAGAGUCAUGACAGAGUCUUGGAUUCUGUAAUCAUCUUCCCUCCUUCCUCCGGCAUUUUCAGAUGUCACAAUGUUUAUUUUUAUCUAUAAGAGCGACGAACUUCUGUUUUUUUGUUCAUCAUUUGCAUUAUGUCUUGGUCAUACUUCAUACUUUUGGAAUAUCCUUUGUAUAUAUACGUGGGGAUUGAUCGAUUCCUGAUUUGUAUUCCUUUGCCUCUUGUGAUCUUUGUGAGAUCCAAAUUUUCUUCUUUGGA